AUGACGUUUCCCGUCCACACGUGGCCGUCUAUCGCCAGCAUACUGGCCAUAUUGCCAGCAACCCUCGCUGGUUUCAACUCUGGAUCGGGCAAGAAUGUGGCCGUUUACUGGGGCAAGUGUUUCGACGUCAUCCCCGUCGCCUUUAUGAACGGCAUCAGUCCCCCCAUCACCAAUUUUGCCAACGCUGGUGAUAAUUGCACCGCCUUCCCCAGCAAUUCCAACCUCCUCAGCUGUCCCCAGAUUGAAGCGGAUAUCAAGUCUUGCCAGGCGACCAAUGGCAAAACAAUCAUUCUCUCUCUUGGCGGCGCGACCUAUGGCCAAGGGGGAUGGAGCAGUGUAAGCGCUGCCCAAGCAGCCGCUCAGAAUGUUUGGGACAUGUUUGGCCCCGUACCCUCGGGCAAAGCGAUUGACAGGCCGUUUGGAUCCGCCGUUGUCGAUGGCUUCGACUUUGACUUUGAAGCCAGCACGAAUAAUUUGCCCGCCUUUGGUCAGAAGCUUCGCAGUCUCAUGGAUGCAGCAGGCGGUAAAAAGUUCUACCUCACCGCCGCUCCCCAAUGUGUCUUCCCGGAUGCCGCUGUUGGUGCGGCCCUUAAUGCCGUGUCGUUUGAUUUUAUCAUGAUUCAGUUUUAUAACAACUGGUGCGGCGUGUCCAACUUCCAGGAGGGCUCAACCACUCAAAAUGCAUUCAAUUUUGAUGUUUGGGAUAACUGGGCCAAGACGACGAGCCCCAACAAGAAUAUCAAGCUUCUCAUUGGCGUCCCAGCUGCUCCUGGCGCAGGCGGCGGUUACACGAGCGGCUCUAAACUCAAGGCUGCUAUCAACUGGUCUCAAAAGUAUAGCAAUUUUGGUGGUGCCAUGAUGUGGGAUAUGUCUCAACUAUACUCUAAUAGCGCGUUCCUUGGCGAAAUCGUCUCCGACAUAUCCAACGGGCCUACUACCACUCUCCCUCCCGGGGCCACCACCACCACUACCACCACCACCACAACAGCAACAACAACAACAACGACAACGUCAUCUACUACCAGUCCUGCUCCCACAGGAACUCUCGUACCUCAGUGGGGUCAGUGCGGUGGCGAAGGCUACACUGGACCUACGCAAUGCCAGCCCCCUUAUAAGUGCGUCUACGGCGGACAGUGGUGGUCUUCUUGCCAAUAG